GCUGUAGAAAUAAAAAAUCUGGGCAACUCUACAGAAAGCUGGAGUGUGGCUGAAUAAACAGACUAAGAUGAGACAGGGCUGGAGGCAGGAAUUAUAUCUUUUUUAGCUCCUCUGCCGAGCGUUAAAUGUUUACCACACAUCUUGGCCUCUAACACUGCAGGGAUAGCAACAUUCGAUAAAUAAACGUCGUGCGGCGCACCUGUGGAGAUUCGAGGGAAUCGCAGCAAUUGUUUGCUCUUCACUCACUUUGCUGGCACUCAGAGAAUCUAUCUCGUAAGUUUUUGCAGAGGCAGAGACAGGGUAAUAGGUCUUCCCGCAGAUAAUAACUACGAUCCUACGAAAUGUGAUGAAACUACAGCAGCAUCUCCCCCAUCAAACUAAAAUUGUAAAUCUUUAUGUAGGGAGUAGAAAUGUUGGCCUGAGAGAUUAUCUCGAGAAGAUUCAUGUACUCCAAGUUAUGGACGUCUACGUGCACAGCAAAGUAAAACCCUUGGACUGUGGCAAAGAGCCAUUCCUUUAAAGUUUAAACAAUGAAAAUGCAGAAGCUGCCAUGGGGAUUUGCAGCAAGUCUUGUCAACGCUCUUCUGCAAGGCGCUGAAAGGUCAGGCAACGCAAAACCUGGUUUGAAAAUAUGAAAUAGCGGAUCCGAUUGGACACCUCGACGUUGAUACGCCUUGUAGAAACCAGACCGAGAGGGACAGCUCUGUGAUCACCCUCGCCCCUUUCUGUUCCACACACGAAUUAGUCGGUCAUGAGACUAAACUAAUAAACUAAUAUGUCAAAGACUGUUUCUUUUCAAGCUCUAUAUGCAGUUCAAACAUGAUAGGGAUGAGUCGUGAUGAGUAUUAAAUACGAUAAGGAAAUACGUGUGAGGGAUAGAUGGUACGUAGAUAUCUGUGCAUGCGCAGAAUGCGUGAAACGCCAUCAAGACAGUUUGUAUUUGUAUUUUGUUACCUCCCGUCUACUUGUAGGCUAUAGCUGUCAAACAUGAGCAUAUAACAGACUACUUAAUGUACUAAUGUACAGUAUUUAAAAGCUGUCUUCUGUUAUCUACUUUUUUGUUGUACAAUAAGGUUCUAUAUUUCAUUAUUUUUCUUGCACAUAACUUAAUCUGUCUUGCGGCAAAAUGGUACUUCUCGAUUGCUCAGUCCAAAGUUUUACUGCCUUACCAAGCAGGACUGGUUCCUAUGACGGGAAAACAGGUGCAAGAACUGAUUUUUUGCCCGCUAUUUAUACCGGACAGUUUGGGUGCUAUGCGUCACCCGCUGUUGCUGUUCGUCUCGCGCUGCGCCGCUCGCGCGACCAAAGCGUGGGGUGGAAGGGGAUGCGGGAUGGAGGGAUCAAGCACUGUCAGCGGUACCAGAGACUUUAAAGAACAUAAUAAUAUUAUUUAAAUUAAAUAUCAGCGGUACAUGCUGCCCUAACAAGCGCUCCCUCUACAAUAUCAACCAAGUCGAAGAAGUUUCAGAAAAACUGUCGCAGUGAUGAACAUCUGUAUAAUUCUUGCACUCUUUGUUCGUGCAUGCGCGCGAGCACAAGAAGUUGGCGAUGUCACCGCUGUGUACAGGUGGACGUCUAUUGACUAUGAUUGGCCGCAUCAAACAAUGAAAGAUGAAUACAUCAGGACUGGCAAAUUCCUAGUACGCAACAAUGUCAUCACAGGAAUUAAGUUGUAUCGUGCUGACGUGUAUCUGACAGUUCCUCGAUGGCGAUCAGGAGUACCUUCUACCCUCAACCGUCUUGUUACUAGGGACGGCAAACACGUCCUCCAGGCGUAUCCUUCCUGGGAAAUGCAAGAGGUGGGAGACUGCUCGGCCUUGCAGUACGUGCAAAGCAUGGAGAUUGACCCUAAUACGGGCUACAUGUGGAUUAUAGACAACGGACGCACGAAUACUAUGGAAUCUACACCUCAAAACUUGUGCCCGCCAAAACUUAUUAUCUGGGAUAUUGAGAAAAAUCGAGAAGUUCACCGAUUCAUCUUUCCACCUGAUGUGGCUAGUCACACAUCGUGUUUCCUCAACGACAUCGUUCUUGACUACGUUGACGGCCGGGUAGCGUUUGCGUACAUUACCGACACUAACGACGCUAAACUCUACGUCUACGAUCAUGAUAGAAACGAUGCUUACUUUUUUCAACACCCUUCAAUGCGUCCUGAAUCACCAGACGGUACGCCUAUAGAUGGUAUCGCCAUGUCGCCGACUUUCGACUACUUGUUUUACUGUCCCAUAUCCAGCCACGGCCUCUUCCAGAUUCCCACAACUGUGCUGCGCGACAGACAUGCAGACUAUGGACAACACGUGCGUCGCGUUGACACGCGCUUGUCACGAUCUGACGGUCUAACAUACGGACAACGGAACCUUUACUACGGCCUCCUUGAUCUCAAUGGUGUGGCACGCUGGAAUAUUUCUGGUGAAGGCCAAGACCCACGCUGUCUCGAGGGCGUUGUAAAGACCUCGCAGCAGAAAAUAACAUCGGAGGCUGUCAAAAUGCGAUGGGUGGACACUUUUGGGUGGGACGAAAAAGGGUAUCUGUGGUUCACAGCUAACGACUUGUCUCGCUUUAUGAAUACCGCGGAAGACGGCCCUGUUAUGUACGUGUGGAAAAUCUUUGUCAACGAAUCUUCUUAUUUAACUCACGCCCGCCAAAAGCCUAAUACUAAUUACUGUUCUGCUCUUGUGGGAUAGCAGUACUUAAUCAAAUGAAUAAGGUAAAAUAAAAAUGUACGAUUGAUGUUGCUUAUAGUAAAUAAACUGGAAAGAAUAAAUGUUCAUCACGGUGGAUUCGAGUGAA